UAAAAAAUAACAAAAAAAUAAAAGGACCUAAACUCAAAAACAUGACUCUUUGCUUCGUCACUCUCCUCACACAAAACCACUCUCAGUGCCUUAUUCUCAAUGAGAAGUGAGAAUCGCAUACCAAUCUUCUCCUUCUUCUUCUCGAUUUCGCUCUCGCUCUCGCUCUCCAUCAUUCCAGGUUCUUCAUCGCUCAAAUCUCUUUCCAGUUUUCAUCUCAAUCUUAAUCGCGUUCUAAAUCCUUUUUCUCGGACAAAGUUGUGCUGAUUUCGAUUGAACUCAAUUGCGCUCCAGUAAUUAGGUAUGAGUUAAUUCUCUCUCAAUUCUAAUUUUUGUGCUCCCAAUUUGUGUUCUAUUGCAUCCUUUUUCCAUAUCUCUUAUCAAUUUUUAGUUUUAUCUGAGUUAAUUUUUCUCCCACAUUGGAUUUCACUUUUCUUAGUUCCGAUUCCUAUCGCAUGCACUUAUUGCAGGUUGAACUCAUAAUUCAUUGAUUUAGAAUCAAAGCUUCCAGUGUUUUCUUCGCCCAAUAACGUUAUCGGUUUCAGAUUUUGGUCUCACAAUAGUCACCGUCGCUCUAGAUCUGGUUCCCAUAACAAAACACAGGUUUCUGAUAAUGAAAGUUCUGAUAGCAAUAAUGGCUUGACCACAGGGGCUAUUAUAGGCAUUAUUAUAGGUUCAAUAUUGGUGGCUGUUAUUUUGAUACUUGCUCUUUUCUUCUGUGUCCGAAAGCAAAAAGGGAAGGAAAAGGUUACAAGAACUUCUAGUGGGAGCCUUCCUCAUGGAACUACUAAUGAGGAAGGGAGCUGGUUCCACAUAAGAGAAACCUCGUUGAUUUUGCAUGCUACCAAUCUCAAGAUCACCUCAAGCAACUGUUCGUUCUCUCUCUUUUCCCAAACUCAGAGAAGAAACCCGUUCACAUUCACUGCUUGCCAACUCGCUCUGCUGCCAAGUUCAACUCCACCGGAAUAUUGCUGGAGGGUUUCGUGUCUCUGGCAGCACUGCCGUCGUCGUAGGCGUUGCUUCUACCUCUAGUUAUGGGUGAUUCAGAUUUCAGUAUCAAAAUCCAUCAUGGUGGCAAAUUUGUUGACAGUGGACAACGAGUAGAGUAUUUAGGAGGAAUGGUUUAGGAUUUGCAUUUUGAGGUUGAUGAAUGGUCAUUGCAAGAGAUUGUCAGUCAGCUAAAGCAACAAGGGUAUAAGGGUUUUGCCAGGAUCUGGUACAAGGAACCUGGGAUGGAUUUGAAGUCAGGUCUUAGAGAGUUGAAGUCGGAUGGGGAUGCGAUGAAAAUGGCUAGGUCACUGGUGUCAAGUUCCUACAAACAUUGCGAGGUAUAUGUUGUCGAUGGAGUCAGAGAAAGUAACGGGAUUGAAAUCACUUCAACUGAUGCUGAUUAUGUGCCAGAGGGAGGUGAAGACAGUGCUAAUAAUGAUGGGUUGCUAGAGGUUGAAAUGGAUGCUGAGUCAGAGCCUUCUACUGAAGAAGAGGUAUUUGAUGACAGUGCUGAUGAUGGUGACCAUGAGGAUCACUUUGGGUUUGAGGUGGAGGAUAAUGAUCCACAAUCAAAUGCAUUUGGGGGAUUUAUGAGUCCACUAAAUGAUGAGAGAACUGCAGCAGCUGGAACAGCUGAAGGUGGUGAAGGUUUAAGGGAGGGUGAUGAGCAGGUUGGGGGCAUAUCUGAUGGAUAUGAGACUGAUGACAUAGACAGUUAUGAAGGGGACUCAGAUGAUAUGAUAAAAAAGAAGAGGUUCCCUAAAUACAAUGAGGCAGAGAUGAACAGAGAGUAUGAAUUUCAGGUGGGGCUGGAAUUUAAAUCACUUAGUCAAUUCAAAGAGGCUGUUAAGGAGCAUGCCCUAUUGAAUGGUAGGGACAUUAGGUUUCGAAAAAAUGAUAAGGUGAGGUGUAGAGUUGUUUGCAAAGGAAGAAAGGGAAAGUGCAAGUGGGUUUGUUUUGCGAGUAAGGUGGGGGAUUCUGACUAUUUCCGGAUCAAGACUUUGAAUAGAAAGCAUACAUGUGGAAGGAUUUAUAGUGAAAAACUUGCAUCAAGCAGUUGGAUCUCAAAGAAGAUUGCAAACAACAUCAGUAGAGGGGAGGAGAUGAAGCUUGCAAUAGUUAUUCAGACUAUCCAAGACAAAUACAUGGCCAAUAUCAGUGUUGGUAAGGCUUACUGGGCAAGGAGGAAGGCAAGAGAAGAAGUACAUGGGCGGGCAAUCCAACAGUAUGCUAAACUAAGGGAUUACUGUGCAGAGAUACUUAGGGCAAAUCCAGGAUCUAGUCUUAGCAUAUUGGUUGAUAGGCCUUCUAUUACGCACCAGCCCCGAUUUAUGAGAAUGUACAUGUGCCUUGAUGCAGUCAAGAAAGGCUUCUUGGCAGGGUGUAGACCUAUUAUUGGCAUGGAUGGAUGUCACUUGAAGGGUGACCAUGGACAGCAGCUGCUAGUUGCUGUUGGCAGAGAUCCAAAUGACAAUUACUUUUCCAUUGCCGUAGCUGUAGUAGAGGCAGAGACUAAGGACAGUUGGGGGUGGUUCUUGGAGUUGCUGUUAAAUGACAUUGGAGAAUCAAGAAAGUGGGUUUUUAUGAGUGACCAACAAAAGGGGCUGAUGGAUAUCUUUCAAGAGGCAUUGCCAACACUGGAGCAUAGGCUUUGUUUGAGGCAUUUAUAUGCCAACUGUAAAAAAGCAUAUGGGGGUGGUAUUGUACUAAGGGACCUUAUUCUGUCUAUUGCCAAAGCUACCUAUGUGGAAGAGUGGGAAAGAAAGAUGAAUCAACUAAAGAAGAUCAACAGAGACUAUUAUGACAAGUUGUUUGCUUUGGAUCCAAAAUUGUGGACAAAGAGUCACUUCACAUUUCUGGCCAAGAGUGACAUGCUGAUGAACAACAUCUCGGAAGCAUUCAACGGAAGAAUCCUAGAGGCAAGAGAUAAGCCAAUUCUGACGAUGUUUGAAUGGAUUAGGUGCUACUUGAUGACAAGAUUUGUAGAGAAAAAGAAGAAGGCAGAGAGGUUUGAGGGCUCUGUUUUGCCAAAACCCAAGAAACGGCUAGAUAUCAUCGCGGUUAGAGCUAUGGAGUGGCAAGCUAAAUGGGCCGGAGACCUGAAGUUUGAAGUCCACCAUAAGAACAGGAUGAUCAUGGAAAGGUAUGUGGUAGAUUUGAUGGUUGGAAGGUGUAGUUGUAGGUUCUAGGG